CUCGAAGAUAAGAGGAAAGUGUCAGUCACAUGGAGAAGCCCGAACAAACCGCGUAUGCUUUUGGCUGUGCUGAAAAUUAUUUUGUUUUUUUGUGUAGUGUACUUAGGAAUUCUAGUCCAGAAUGUAUUCCGAAGCUGAUAGAAAUCGUAUAGAAGUGAUAAAGAAACAUAUUGGAGAAUUUCCAGAUUUUCCCAAGAAGGGAAUUCUGUUCAAAGAUAUAUUCACUGCUCUAGCUUCUGGGGAAGUGUGUCGAGCCACAAAAGAGCUUUUUCUGUCCUACAUUAAAUCAUCGUGUCCAGAAAUUGAUGCAGUGGUUGGUUUGGAUGCCAGAGGAUUUCUCUUUUCGUUCCUGAUCGCCUCUGAACUCUCCAUUGGCUGUGUUGGCAUCAGGAAGAAGGGAAAACUCCCAGGAGAAACAUAUUCUGUGGAGUAUCAGCUUGAAUAUGGCAUUGAUGUGUUCCAGUUGCAAAAGGCAGCUCUAAAACCUGGUCAGAAGGUUCUUGUUGUAGAUGAUUUAAUCGCUACUGGAGGAACUCUCGAAGCGGCAACGAAACUUAUUGAGAUGGCAGGGGCUGAAGUAGUUCAGUGUUUGGCUAUUAUGGAAUUGACCCCACUUAAAGGUCGAGAUAAGCUGAAGAAGUACAAUGUACAUUCCUUCAUUCAGUAUAAUGAUAUUUAAAGAGAAAACUGGAUAUUCCUAUAUUCUCGAAAUUUGACAAAAAAACUGCACAAAAACAUUCCAAAACCAAAAUUUUAAAAAUGUAUUUGUUGUACUUUUAAUACAUGCACUUAAUUCUUUAAUAAAAAAUUUAAAAUGUU